GAGGAGACCCUGCUGCGCUGCCGUGAGGAUGAGGAGAAGAGGAAGGAGAUCACCUCCCACUUCCAGGACACGCUGACAGAGAUCCAGGCUCAAAUCGAGCUGCACAGCGCACGCAAUGACAAUCUGUGCCGAGAAAACGCCAACCUGAAUGACAAACUAGAGAACCUGAUGACUCAGUACGAGAGGAGGGAGGAGAGCCUAGAGAAGAUCAACAAGCACAGAGACCUCCAACACAAGCUGACUGAAGCUAAGCUGCAGCAGGCCAAUGCUCUGCUGAGCGAGGCCGAAGACAAACACAAACGAGAGAAAGAAUAUCUGCUCAGGGAGGCUAUUGACAAAACAAAGAAAUGCUUCGCUAUGAAGGAGCAGGAGCUGGCCAUGAAGAAGAAGCUGACGCUCUACGGACAGAAGUUCGACGAGUUUCAGGCGACGCUGGCUAAAAGCAACGAGAUCUAUGUGCGCUUCAGGAAGGAGAUGGAUAACAUGACAGAAAAGAUGAAGAAAGUGGAGAAAGAGUCGAACCUUUGGAAGACCAGGUUUGAGAACUGCAACAAGGCUCUGACCGACAUGAUCGAGGAGAGGACUGAGAAAGGACAGGAGUACGACCUGUUUGUCCUGAAGAUCCAGAAGCUGGAGAAGUUGUGUCGCGCUCUGCAGGAGGAGAGGAAAGGUCUUUACCAGAAGAUCAAAGAGGUCUGUCAGUCCAACGCCAACCUCCCCAAAGUCUUCUUCAACCUGGUCGCUGAUGAAGCCCCCGUCCCCGAGGACCACCAGGAGCAGGAGGAGGAGGACCCGGUCCUGACGGAGAACAUCGCCCGUCUGAGGGACGAACAGGCCAAGCUGCAGGAGAUCGCCGCCUCCCUGCUGGGCUCGCCGGACCCCGAGGAGGAGGAGGACCUGGACCUGGACCAGAACCUGGAAGAAGACGAGGUCGUCUCUGCAUUUGUCCGGUUUAAAUCUAAAACUCAGACCAGCGAGGGUCCAGAAGACCUGAAACCACCAAUGUCUAAAGACAAGGACCAGAGUCCAAAAGCUGAAGGUCCAAGUUCAGAAGCCAUCAAGAUGAAGACCGAUCCAGAGACGUCAGGAGUCCAGACACAAGUCCACGUCAGAGAACAGAAACCAGACAAGGCUGAGGAAGAGAUCCAGAAACCUGCUGAACCCACCCCAGAACCUGAGACCCCCAAGACUGGGCCGGAACCAGAAGCAUCAAAGGUUCAGGAGACCAGUGAAGUCCAACCAACUCUCCCAGUGGAGGACAAGAUGUCCCAGCAGACUGUUGGACCGAACCCAGAACCUCAGACACCAAACCCAGAGCCAACAAAUUCUGAGACCCUGGAGGAGACAGGUGGGGUCAGAGCCGUCCCCCCAGCAGAAGCUGGAGAUCAGGAACCAGAAGAACCAAGUCCAGCUUCUGAGAAAGCAGCCGAGUCUUCUGUGAAGCAGGCGCCGAAGAAAAAGAAGAAGAGGAGCAGCAGGAGCUGAACUUCAGGAGGUCCUGGAGGAGGUUCUGGAGCCGGGUUUGACUGAAGUGACUUGAUUUUAUAACGUUUAAAGUGUGGAGUUUUUGGGGGGUUGUCUCUGAUCCAGAACCAGUGGAGGAGGACAGGGAUUUAGUUUUUACAGGUUUAAUCCAGACAGAGAUGAAAAUAAACUAACUUUAAUAUUUACGUUACAGUCUGAAUGAAAAUAAAUGAAUUUAAAUAAACUAAA